CAUACUCAUGCUAUUAUAUAAUAUGUAAGUACGUUGAACAGUACAGAGGUCGCCUGUGUUCCAACUUCCAAGCAGUAUCGUUUAUCCACUGAUUGCUCCAACAAAAGUGUAUUUCACGUUUCCUUGUAAUAUUAUUCUUCUUAUCAAGAAUGAUUGCCAAAUGUUUUAAGAUAAAACUGUGUUAUCCAAGUCAAGAAUCAGAUAUUAAGCAUGUCGUGUAAAAUAAAAGACAGGGAUUUAAAUAAUUUAAGUAAAAUGACAAGUCGGAAAACGAAAGCUUUCCUUUGUCCAUACGUUUCAAUCAUAAUAAUGAUUAUGUGUAAAAGUUAAGUUAUAUCAUAUUAUGUCAAAAAAUAAUAAUAGUAGAAUUUAAUGUGCAAUCAUAUUAUUAUCACGAUACAUGAUCUGUUGUCAUAUUUAAGAUAAUUAGAUAAAGAUAACGAAGAUGAUUUUAAGAAACCUAAGACACUAAAUAAAGAAAAUAAUAAAAACAGGUAAUGUAAGUGCAGGAACAAAAUAUAUGGAACAUUUCGAAGUAUUACGGAAGUCAAACGUAUAGCAAACAUUCUAAUUAAAAUCUAUUCAAUAACUACAGUGGAUGAAGUAAGCGUUUGAAAAGAAAAUUUAUAGCUACACGUCGGUGUUUAUUGCAGUUAAACUGAAAACUACAGAGAACUGGAAAGAGAUAAUAUACUCAUAAAAAGUAGCACAUUAAUAUAACAGAAAGUAUCCUAUUACUAAAUAACGGUUGCAUUUGAAAUGUAAAAAUCACUAGUACUAUAUAAUGCCAUUUUUUAUGAUAUUUUAUGAUUCAUAUGUAUUGUUCAUUGCAAAUUAUUUAAUUAAUUAUAUACCUGCCUAGCAAGUUUUUCAGGGAUGAAAUAAUAUUUUCAUGUUUUAUUGCUCUUUGGUCGUAGGGUGAUAGGUCUGAAUCCGCCAUUGACUUUACUGCAAAUAUUUAUUUGAAAAGAAGACAAAGAGAAUUAAAGGUAAAGGAAUAAAUAACAUACCAACAUAUACAAUUUUGUUUUUUAAAGCAAAAUUGAAGAUAAGGUUAACAGUGAAUAAUUUGACCUCGACGCAACAAUGGCGUCAUGGAGGCUAGGAAACUAUAACAAAACAUUUUGCACAUGUGCAGAAAUAUCCUGAAGCAGUGACGUACAGAUUACUUGUAAUUACUUUCUGUAGUUCUCGUGCAAGGGUUCAAGGACAGACUAUUGCCAUCUCGUCCAUAUAAGGAUAAAAGAAGGUUUGAAAGAUUAUAAAGUAUAAUCAAAAGUUUAAGAUGGGCGAAAAACGAGGUACAAAGGCAUUAGAAUUUUGGUGUCGGCGAAUAACCGAGGGUUAUCCUGAUGUAAACGUGCAGAAUAUGACAACUUCUUGGAGAGAUGGCCUCGCUUUUUGUGCAAUGAUUCAUCACUUCCGACCUGAUCUCAUUGAUUUUGACAGUUUAGACAAGAACGAUAUAUAUGGGAACAAUGAACUGGCUUUUAGAAUUGCAGAGCAACAUCUUGGAAUACCAGCACUUUUGGAUGCAGAAGAUAUGGCUUCCUGUGCUGUACCUGAUCGUUUAUCGAUCCUUACUUACCUUUCACAGUUCUAUCAAACUUUCAGUGGUUCAUCUCCAGCACGAAUUCCAGCGAGUAGAACGACUGAAACCGUAGAGGAAAGAAUCACACAAGUGUCUGAAUCUCCGAAAGAAAAGGAAGCAACGUGUCUGGGUAGUAUGCGAAAGGAUGUCUGCGUUGUGUGUGGAUUUCCAAUUUUCCUAGCGGAAAAACUGGUCCUCGCCCAUGUUACUUAUCACCGUACUUGCUUUCGCUGCGCUCGAUGUAAUAAUCAGUUAACUAUUGGUAAUUAUUAUGAAACCGAAGAAGGGCAAUAUUGCUGUGAAACCUGCCCGGAUGAAGAUAUUGCAGUACGAAUAACACAAAGUUACGACUAUCCUACAUUUAGCGAAAUUGAAAAGAGCGGCAUUAAUUCCGGUUGUCAGCAAUUUUUUAGCAAUGACGAAAACGUAAAUAAAAAACCGUUUAGUCGUAAUUCUAUCGAGCGGAUGGAUCACGAAUCGAUGGAUCGCGUCGUUAUUCCUGAUUUAAUAGCGCAAACUUCUCGAUUGCGGCUCAAUUUCAUAUCGAAUCAACUAUUUUCGGAAAAUGAUGAACAGAUGAUGAACAGAGAUGAUAAUAUGCGUAUAAGUGAAAAUCGAAGUAGCAUCGAGGGAGAUGAUACAAAUUUAAAGACAGAAAGCAGGAAUUUAGUACACCCAUUUAAUACUGAGUACGAAAAACAAAGUAAACUCGAAGAAGAGAAUAAACUCAGUUGUAUUGCUUGUUUAAAACUAGAACCUGAUAACGACGGGCUGUUAAACACAAACGUCCAUGAUUACGUCCAUGAACGAUUAAACAUUGAUAAACACGAACAGGAUCAAAUAACAAUAACUUCUGUUGCUUCGCUUCAUAAUGUAAUUAAGGAAACAAGAGCAUCUCAUAGCAACGACAAAGAAUUAUCGGAUGAGACUAGUUCUGAGAGCAAUUAUUCUAUAGUUGAAAAAAGAUGUAGAAUGUUUGAAAAGAAAAAAGAUGAUAUCGAAAGGAAUAAGCUUAAAACUCAUGAUACCGAAGCAUUAAAAUUCAAGAUACAAACUAAAAGGCAUAGGACUAAAAGUAUAGGGAACAGUGAAAGUCCGAUAAUAAAUCCAGAUACGACAAUGCAGGAAACAGACAUCGGUCAAAAUAACUCUCGAAAAUAUAAUGCAGAGAGCUUCGAUAAAGACAGUUCGACACAGAUUGCUCCUUUCGAGUUAUCAUCAUCGCGUGUAUCGAAAGUUAAUAAAACUUUAUCGAUUCCUUUGGAUACAGAAAGUAUUGAACAUCAUACAUCUACGGUUGCGAACGAUAUUAAUGCAACAAACGUGAUAUGCUCUAAUUUUAGUGAAGAUUAUCCCGAAGAUUUAAACCCCUUUAAAAGUGACGAAGAACAGGAGGAGCUGGAGGAGGCGGAGGAGGCGGUGGAGAUGGAAGAAGAAAAAGAAAAAGAGGAAGAAGAAGAAGAGGAAGAAGACGAAGAAGGAAUUACCGAUAAAUCCGUGACAACUAUGAACAGUUUAGAACCUACCAGAGAUCUAACAAAUCCUUUUGAAAAUGUUGAAGAAACAGACAAGAAGGAAGUUAUUCUACCAAUACCAGCUACGAGAAGUAAUUUUAAAAGUGGUAAAGCUAACCAACAUUUCGUAGAAGGAUCAACAAAACGACGUUUAGCCGCACCACAGAUUAAUCUAAAUCCCUUUUGGAGCGACGAAGAAGAUCACGAUAGCGAUUUGGAGUUCAAGGAGAGAACAUCUGAGAUUAUGCCUACUCCUAAACCACGCACAAUUAAGCACAACGAGCAAAGCCCAAGUAAAAAUGGACGAAAAUCGAGCGACACUCGUGAUUAUUUAUCCAUAUCAAGUAAUUACUUAAGAAGCCCAGAAUCAGGGAUACGUACAGGAGGAGCUUAUAGGAAAAAGAAACCAGCACCGUUACCACCAAAUAAGAAGGAAUGUGUUUCCGAUCAGCGCACAUCUUCAAUGUCUAAACUACAAUGCAGUUCUGCCGAAUAUCUCGAUUCACCUUCGCAUAAAACGUUUAAAACACGUAAGCCAAGACCAGCUCCACCACCACCAAUUCCAGUGUCAAGUGGUUUUAAAGAGUGUCCUAUGAAUAAAUCACACGAUGCCAGUGUAGAAUAUAACAUAUGGGAAGAUGAAAAGACUAAUAAAGAUGAAACAAAUAGAAACAGACAGAGUUUUCCACACAUAACAUGCGAGGAAACUUUUCAUUGUAGAUCAUAUUUAGACAAAAGUAUGGAAGGAAAAUGGAAAAGGAAGAAAGGACCUGCUCCACCUUGUCCAAUACCACAUAGAAGAAAGAUAAAAGUAAUGUCUCUUAAGGAUGUUAAGUUGGAGUUAGAUGAAAUAGAAUUGCAACAACAAGGCUUAGAAAAGCAAGGUGUCCGAUUGGAACAAUUGAUAAGAAGUAAAUGUGAAUCUGGACCACAGAUUAGCGGCACUACAGAUAUUUCCCUUGGAACAGACGUAGAAGAAUUAGUCUUAGAGUUAUUUACUUUAGUAAAUGAAAAGAAUGAGUUAUUUAGACGACAAGCCGAAUUAAUGUUACUCCGAAGACAGCAGAGAUUAGAAGAAGAACAUGCCGAAGUGGAAUACCAAAUUCGAUGCUUAAUGGCACAAAAUGAAUCAACUAAAACGGAUUUUGAUAAACAAAGAGAAGAAGCGUUGAUACAAAGAUUGAUAGAAAUUGUUGAAAGACGAAAUGAAAUUGUCGACUGCUUGGAAAUGGAUCGUCGCAGAGAAAUAGAAGAAGAUCGGAGUAUACAUCGUCACAUGGACUUAUUUGCUGCUAAAAAUAAAAACGAUAUAUCGUGCAAUGAUAUGGAUACGACCGAAAAGAAGAAAAGAAAACAAAACAAAUUAAAGGAGAAAAUAAAAGAGAAGAGACUGAAAAGAAUAUUGAAGAAGGAUGUUGAUAAGGAUGUAGAUGAAAUGGAGUUGACACUAAAACGUCAUACUAAGCGAAAAUGGUUUUAAUUUAUUUCGAUACUUUACUUUUAAUUACUUUAAUAUUCCAAUCGAAUACUUUAAGUAAACGUUACUGUGUGUAACUCGCUGGAAAAUGCUACCUCGAAUUUCUGAUUCAAAGGUUCUUUAAAAUAACGUUCCAAAUGAAAUUUUGAUCUAACAACUUUUUAUUUAGAUAAGAUUGUAUAUUCUUUAUGUAUAUCAUUAUGUAUACUGUUUGUAUAAAAUUAUCAAUCUAAAUAAAAUUAUCAAACAGUCUGAAAAAUGAAAACAUGAUCGAAUGAA